AUGCCUUCAAUUGUUGUAUCGGAAUCUCAAUCCUCUGAACGCAAGAAGAAAAUGAAGAAGCAGCAGCUGAAUCCCGAAACUCCGGAGCUUGACGAUUCUGUUGAGAAAAAGACCCAAAAAGAGAAAAAAUCCAAAAAGACAAAAAUGCCCUCCAACCUCGAUUCAAAUACUAUUACGACAACUAAAAAAGAUAAGAAGAAGAAGCGAAAAGCUACAGAGAUUGACGAGACUGAUAAUGAGGAGGAGAGGAGCGACACUAGUUCGGAGAUGGGCGAUGCGAUGAAUUUGAGUAUGAAGAAGAAAAUGAAAAUCGGGGAUGGUGAUGUGGAGAAGGUGAAAAAUCCGAAUGCACUGUCGAAUUUUCGGAUUUCAGAGCCGUUGAGGGAGGCAUUGAAGGCUAAGGGAAUUGAAUCGCUGUUCCCGAUUCAGGCCAUGACUUUUGAUACCAUUCUCGACGGGGCUGAUUUGAUUGGAAGGGCACGCACUGGUCAGGGCAAAACUUUGGCCUUUGUGUUACCAAUAUUGGAGUCGUUGACAAAUGGACCCACAGUAGCUUCAAGAAAGAAAGGAUAUGGGAGAAGCCCGAGUGUUCUUGUGCUUUUACCCACUAGGGAAUUGGCCACUCAGGUGUUUUCAGAUUUUGAAGUCUAUGGUGGAGCAUUAGGGUUGACAUCAUGUUGUCUAUAUGGGGGGUCUCCAUACAAGCCACAACAGAUACUAUUGAAAAGGGGUGUUGAUAUAGUAGUUGGAACUCCCGGACGCAUUAAAGAUCACAUAGAGAGGGGGAAUAUUGACUUAAGUUCACUGAAGUUCCGUGCCCUUGACGAGGCUGAUGAGAUGUUGAGGAUGGGUUUUGUUGAAGAUGUUGAACUGAUUCUAGGCAAGGUGGAGGACGCAAAUAAGGUUCAAACUCUUCUUUUCAGUGCCACAUUGCCAGACUGGGUGAAGCAUAUUUCAUCCAAGUUUUUGAAAAAGGAUAAGAAAACAGCUGAUCUUGUUGGCAAUGAGAAAAUGAAGGCUAGCACCAACGUGAGGCAUAUUGUUCUUCCUUGCUCUGGUUCAGCCAGAUCCCAGCUUAUUCCGGAUAUCAUCCGCUGCUAUAGUAGUGGUGGGCGCACCAUAAUCUUCACCGAGACAAAGGACUCUGCUUCUACACUUGCAGGCUUGUUGCCUGGAGCACGUGCGCUGCACGGGGACAUACAACAGGCUACACGAGAGGUCACACUUUCUGGAUUCAGGUCGGGCAAAUUUUCAACUCUUGUUGCCACAAAUGUGGCGGCACGUGGAUUGGAUAUCGAUGAUGUCCAACUAAUAAUUCAGUGUGAACCUCCACGUGAUGUAGAGGCAUAUAUUCACCGGUCUGGACGAACGGGAAGAGCAGGGAAAACUGGUGUUGCUGUAAUGCUUUAUGAUCCAAGGAAGUCAAAUUUUUCUAGGAUAGAAAGAGAAUCUGGGGUGAAGUUUGAGCAUAUAUCUGCUCCGCAGCCAGCUGAUAUAGCUAAAGCUGCUAGUGCAGAAGCAGCAGGAAAAAUCAAGGAGAUCUCCGAUAGUGUAAUUCCGGUAUUCAUGGCUGCUGUUGAAGAGCUACUAAGCACCUCUAAUUUAGCGCCAAAAGAACUUCUAUCAAAAGCUCUCGCCAAUGCUGCGGGUUAUACUGAGAUCAAGAGUCGAUCCCUGCUCACUUCAAUGGAGAACUACGUUACAGUUCUCCUUGGAUGUGGAAGGCCCGUUUUCACACCAUCGUUUGCUUACAGCGUACUGCGGAGAUUUUUACCUGAGGAGAAGGUGGAGUCCAUUAAGGGUCUUGCUUUGACGGCUGACGGUAAUGGUGCAGUGUUUGAUGUGGCUGCCGAAGAUCUGGACGCCUUCCUUGCUGGCCAAGAAAAUGCUGGUGGUGUAAGCUUAGAAGUAGUGAAAUCACUGCCACGCUUACAAGAAAGAGAGCAGGCACGUGGAGGAAGGUUUGGAGGUGGUGGGCGUGGUGGAUUUUCUGAUCGGAGAGAUGGUAGGUUUUCUGGAGGAAGAGGGGGAUUUUCUGAUCGAAGAAAUGAUAGAUUUUCGAGAGGCCCCAGCAGAGGAAGAGGCCGUGGCAACAGCAAUUGGUGA